CAAAACAUAUUUCCUUUUUGACGAACCCUUGCUUCUCUAUAAAUAUUAAGCAAUCGACCUCUAAUCGGAGGAACACAACAGAGAGAAACAAAUUAGUUGACAAAAAAAAGAGAAACAAAUUAAGAAAAGAGAUUAGCAACGCUUUGGUAAUAACGAUCAUGGACCUGGACGGGAUCAUCUCAACGAAGCAGACUGUAAACUAUGAAUCGAAGACGCGUGCCGUUCAUUCCAAUACUCCAGUAUCAUUCUCGAUACGGGUCCGAGAAGUCGAACUGCGUUUUGUGCGGGAUGGUAGCGUUCUUCGCGAAAAUCUGUUAAAACACAGAACCAUAGCUUCACCGGUUAUUGGAUUGGAGAUCCCACCUUGUUUUCUUGCUGGUGAAGAAAUUUGCAGAGGUUAUGUUGCUAAGGCCUUGUCUAAGACAAUCAUACCCACCUGGAUUCAACCGUUCAUCCUUCCUCAAAUCUGCAAAGACGCCAUUACGGAGGAGGGCAAAAGAAGUGGUUUCAUGGUUGAAACUCAAGUUGGAGCAGUCAAACAAACAUAUAUCAAUAAUUGUAUUGAUGUGAAUGAUUACAACUCUGAAGGUCUUAAAAUACCAACCGAACCAGAUUGUCCAAUCUGCCUACAAGAUUUUGGUCCUAGGAGCAUCAUCACCAAGUUGCGCUGCUGCGACUACAAUUUUCACAGGGAUUGUAUUCUCACGUGGCUGGGCCGCAAGCCUUCAUGUCCUACUUGUCGUGAUGAUAUCCACAACCCCCGACCAAAGAAAUUUACCCCAAAGAUAUUUUGAGGCCGAUAACACAUAUAUGGCCAUGAACUCAUAGAUUCAGGAGGAACAGUUGACUUGAAGAAGCAAACCUUCGGAAGUGUUUUGGUUCAUGUGAAGUUUCUUCAGUAGCACGAGCAGCUAAUGAAUUGGUGAAAGCAAUCUUUGGAGGUAUAUCCUCGCUUUCUUCUAAUUAAUUAAACAAGGGUCAUAAUGUUCUCUCCAUAGAUGAAAAAACGUUCCAUGUAUGCCUAGAAAACAUAUAGUACAAACACAGAAUACAAGUAGUGAAAUAAUAAGAUGGAAUGCCAUUCUAAAAGAGUAAGAACGUAAUUUAUUUUAACGCCAAAAGUGUGCUAAAGAAAACUAUUAUAAAUUGAAGAGAACCUUUUUACAAAAAUCAGCCGUAAUUAAAGACAACAACCUAACCAUAAUGCAAAAUAUAAACCAGCCGUAAUAAUGUCACAGCAAAGAACAUAAAAAGAGAAAAAAUUCUGAUAGAAUACAUCUUCACCACUCCCUUGUGUCCAUAAUCACGCUCAUCGGUUCAAACUCACGGAAGAAGAGCCCCAACUCUUUGAUCCAGAAACAGCGGUUACACAUUUUGUCACCCUUACUGUUUUCAAUGUACCACAAGACCCAAUCUCGCUCCAUAACAUGAACACAUUGGCAACUAUAGAACGAAGGAACAACGGUUGAAAUGAACUCGUUCCUCUUUGCCAGAAACUCGUCACUGUGCGACAAACCCCAUGCCCAUUUUAGAGAUCAAACUAGUUUCCUGAUCCUGACAACUGAUUCCCUCGUAAAACGAGCAAAAUACUCCUCAUCACCCAAAAAUAUUUUUCUAGUCAUUGCGUAUGUAUACACAGCACGCUCAUAUCCUUCAUCCGCUGCAAGCUUCAUGAAAUCAAGUCCUUCUUCCUGAAGGUUAAAUGUGAAGAAAAACUGUACACCCUUCAUAUAAAGUGUGCUUGGAUUUCUCUCUGCGUAGCAAGUUUUAAACAACUCAGGAGGCAUAUUGAGUCUCCUGGGAAUGGAUAACACAUCGUAAAAAUGGUUUACCCUGCUCCGCUCUGCUAACGCCUUCAUCGUCUUGCACGAUGCUCUUAAGCCAUAGACAUCUGUGAAGGAGUUACCGGCCACACGUUCAACCACUAACGCCUGAACCUCUUCAGGCAAUUCAAGUAUCGGGAAAUAAUCCAUUAAUGUAACGUUCAUAUAACUAAUCAAUGAUAUUUGGCAUAACUCAGCCAUGUUGGUUAAUAUAACAUCGACGCCUUCGUAGAGAUCGAGACGGUAAUACUUUAUUAUUUAACUCAUAAUAUAACUCAGCCAUUAAUAUUAACAUAACUCAGCCGUUAAUAUUUUGGGUUUUAUCAUGGCCCAUCGAGAUUUAGGAUUGAUACUUUGGGACGACUGAGUGUGGAAAAUACGGCUCAGAACUAAUAUCGAGGCUUUUAUAACAUCGAGACGAUACUUUAGUAUUUAAAAACUGAUUUAACAUUCACGGUAAUCCUUUUUUAUAAUAUUAAACGCCUUAUAAUACUGGGACGUUUCGUCUUUCUUGGUUUGACGGCUCAGAACUAAUAUCGAGGCCAUUUAUAACAUGGAGACGAUAAUCACGAGGAGUUUAAAAAGUUAAAUAAGGCAGAAAUUAACGAUAACUCAGUCGUAAUACGAAAACAUUAAAAUCCAUACCUCAGCCGUUAUACUAAUCAAGAAAACCCAAUAUAAUCGUAACAUGUUUAUAUAACUCAGUCGUAAUGUAAAACAUUAAAACCCAAAACCCAGCCGUAAUACAAAACAUUAAAACCCAAUUCUUUUCAUCGUCUCUCUUGCUCUGUCAUUCCGAUUCAUUUUGUCAUCCUUGUUCUCCGUAAACUGGUGGAGUGUCGUUCGUUGAAUACAUAUCUGUUGUUGCGAAUUCAAUCUGUUGUUCUCAAUUCAUUCAAUCUGUAAUCAUCGAGUACAGACUUUGCGAAUUCUUCAUGUUUUGUUUUCUCAUUUAAAUGCAGAACUCUACACUCUCUACUGUCGGUGUUGAAUACAUAUCUGUUUUUCUUAAUCCAGUUACCAUAAACAAUAAUUACGGAUCCAUAAGAUCUCGGAGAAAGAUGAAGAAUAAGAUGAAGAAGAUAGAUAUAUAGAUAGAUAAAGAAGAUGAAGAAAAAAGAUGAACAGACAGACAAACGUAGUUGUAAAGUAGUUCGUUAGCAAUGACAUGGCAACUCCGAGUUGAUGACAUGGCAACUCCGAGUUGAUGACAUGGAAAAUCGGUUAAUCAGCCGACAAACAAAUAUAUAACUCAGCCUCCGUAAAUCAGCUCUCAUUUACAAUGUAAGUCAGCCGAACCAUGGAAAUAUUUCAGUAAUUAAUCUUUUGAUCCUUAAUCAGCCGUAAUUAGGAUGAAAAAUGAUAAAUCAGCCGUAUCGUCACAUAGAUCAGCCGUCAAACGAAUGAUAUUCUAGUAAUUAAUCUUUCGCUAAUAAGUCAGCCGUAACCGAGCUGAGUUUACUGUUAAUCCAUCCUAUUACGGCCGACUAAUCAUAAACUCAGCCGUAACAACAUCACAUUAGUCAGCCGUAAAUUAUAUAACUCAGCCAGUCGAUAUUCAUUAACUCAGCCGGGGAAACAUAACUCAGCCGUCUCUUAGUUACAACUCAGCCAAAUUUUCCAGAAAAUAAACCGCCGAUGUAUAAAUCAGCUGUAACCUUUGUCUGUAGUCAGCCUUUAUCUCAUAAAUCAGCCACAUUUUUGUAAUUCAGCCGUACCGUCCGGUUGACUUAUGUUCUUAAGUCAGCCUUUUCCUCUUAACUCAGCCGCGUUUGUUUAUUCAGCCGACAUGUAGAUAUAAAUCAACCGUAACGACGUAUGUACCGAAUUACGGCUGGCUUAAUGAAAACACGGAACAUAAUUCCUACGUGGCGCCGGGUUUUUGCUUAUGUGGCAGCGAAAAUUAAUGGCAUUCCUGUAAAUAUGUUUUUUCUCAUAACGUAAAAAAAAGUCACGUUUGGUAUUUUAAAAAAUGUCGGUAAUAAAAAAGAGAUCUGUAUGGUUCUUGUCAAUUGUCCUAAAAUUUUGUAUAUUUAAGUAAACUUCCCUAUCGGUCCUUUCUUAUCUCUCAUUCUUUGGGUUGUCAAGUAAAGAGAAUGUUGAUCUUUAGUCACCAUGUUACGCACACUUUCUCUUUCGGUAAUGGAUUUGAUGUAGAAGAAUCUCUUUUUGUGAAACUGAAAGAUUAUUGGCACCAUUCUGAUUUACAGUCUUUGAUGAAGAUCUUGCUCACUCAGAACUGAACUGAGAGUUGUAAAAAUUUAAGUAGCUGUUUUGAAGUAGAAAAGAGAAACUGCGUUUUUGCUCAUUACUUUGGCUUACAUUGGUAACACAAGAACUGCUAUAGCAUGAUUCUUUGUAAAAAAACAAAAAAAUCCAUGAUGAAUUGUUGACUUUUUAAAUAAGAUUUGAUUUAUCUGAAAAGGCCAUGGAAUGACAAUUUAUUUGGCUGAGGUCACUUAAAUUACUGUCUUAUAAAAAGCUG